AUGGCGGGAUACGAUACGAGUAUCUUGUUUAGGGGUAAUAACAUUCCAUUGCUCAUUUCAAGCGUAAACAGCGUAUUAGAAAAGUUGAAAUCAUGGAGCGCAGCAAAUUCCUUGAUAAUAAAUAGUAAGAAAACAAAAGCGGUACUUUUUCAUUACCGGCAGAGCAUCGUUACAUCAGACAUUGGGCUAAAAAUAGGCAAUUCUAUUAUAGAGGUAGUAGACACAGUAAAAACACUAGGAAUUUUCUUUAACAAGAACAUGAGCUGGGACCCUCAUAUUAGCUCCACUUUAACCAAUUUAUCAAAGUGCGUCGGAAUGCUCGCAAAAUUUCGCUCCUAUCUACCUGUAUCGAUUAAGUUAAUAAUAUACAACACGUUAUUCAUGUCAUAUGUUAACUACUGUUUCCUUGUUUGGGGCACUACUACUCAAACUAACCUGCACAAAAUACACAUGCUGCAAAAGAAAGCAGUACGUUACAUAGCAAAUGUCGACUACCUCGCACACACCGAAGAAUUGUUUAAGCAAUUCAAAAUCAUACCCGUUCAUAAGCUAUAUGAAUUUUUCUUAGCCGUAAGAUUUAAAAAAUCAAUUCUUCACAAUGACAACUUCUUGACAGCAUUGUCAUCCCUCGAAGCAAACUCAACGCCAUACUCGUUUCGAAAACACGAACGUUGGACCAUUCCCUUUUGCCGUACAGAACAUGGUCGACAGAUGAUGCGUCAUGCAGUUCCAAGGUUACUAAAUAAAUUCAUAUUUGAACGUUUUUCUCUUGAAACAUCUAGUACACAAACACUAAGAAAUCAUUUUUUGUAAGCCGCUGUAUUCCCUUUGC